GUGACGACACGGGUCAUGUUUCGGAAGCGGAACGGCGUCAGAUUCAAACGGAUCCCGGAGAGCUCAGGUCAGCGGGUCGGGGAUCUGAUCCUAAUGUUAUAACCGAUGAAGCAGACGUUUUCCAGACACUGAGGAACAUCAUGUCUGAGAGCCGGCAGACGCGGCGAGGUGAUGGUGGUGCGGGAGACAGGGUGAGACGCAGGGAUGGAGGGCGGAGCAAAGUGUCUCUGCGCACGUCUCACCCCCGCACCACGGACCAGCCCGCGCAGGGGGGACUGCAGGACAUCAGCGGGCCGAGAGAGGUGAUUGGUCAGCUGCAGGCUGAAGGGCGGGGCUUUGACAAGGAGGAGGAGCUGAGAUGGAGGAUCAACCAGCUGGAGAAGGACAAGCUGGAGCUCGAAUCAAAGCUAAACAAGGAGGUGUCGGGUUACGAGGCUCAGCUCACUCGCUGUCGCGCUCUGCUGGAGAAGGGAGAGGCUCAGAGACAGACGCUCGAGUACGAGCUCGCUGUGGUGAAAAGAGACGCAGCCGCUGAGAAAACUCGCUCUGAGGAGAGGACGUCUGAUCUGAUCACACAAAACCAGCAGCUGGAGGGCCUCAGUGCAGAGCUGCGUCAGAGGGCCUCUGAUCUACAGAGAGCUUUAAAGAUCACUCAGCAAGCCCGAUAUGAUGAUGAGCAGAGCCUCCAGGCAGAGCUGCGUGAGAGGGACCAUCUGAUUGACAGCAUUAGUACAGAGAGAGAGCUGCUGCAGGAGGAGAACACGCGCCUGGAAACACUGCUGCAGGGUCAGAAAGACACACUGCAGGAGCUGAAGGACAGGAUGGACAGUGUACAGAGAGACAGAGAGCGAGACACUGAACAGCUCAGAGUGAGGAUGACUGAGCUGAGGAAGAGUGUGGAGCGUGAGGAGAGGAUGAAGAAGGAUUUGGAGACAUCCCUAGAGAAAAUAAAGUCUCUGCAGGAGAGUGUGGAGUCAGAGAGAGCUGCUCACCUGGAGGUCAAGGUCAGCGCUGAGGUCGUUCAGCUGCGUCUCAGGGAUGUGGAAGCGUCCCUAUCAGAGGAGAAGAGGCAUCGGGCCGAGACUGCGUCCCGUCUGGAGCUCCUCACACACAAGUGUGGAGAACUGGAGCGAGCACACGGGCGAGAGAGAGACAGAGCUGACCACACACAACACACUCUGAAACGAGUGGAGCAGGAGUACCGCAACACAACAGCCGAGCUGAUUGGUCAGCUGGAGCAGGAGAAGGCGGAGUCGGCUAAGCUGAUUGGUCAGCUGGAGCAGGAGAAGGCGGAGUCAGUCAAGCUGAUUGGUCGGUUGGAGCAGGAGAAGGCGGAGUCAGUCAAGCUGAUUGGUCGGUUGGAGCAGGAGAAGGCGGAGUCAGUCAAGCUGAUUGGUCGGUUGGAGCAGGAGAAGGCGGAGUCAGUCAAGCUGAUUGGUCGGUUGGAGCAGGAGAAGGCGGAGUCAGUCAAGCUGAUUGGUCGGUUGGAGCAGGAGAAGGCGGAGUCAGUCAAGCUGAUUGGUCGGUUGGAGCAAGAGAAGGCGGAGUCAGUCAAGCUGAUUGGUCGGUUGGAGCAGGAGAAGGCGGAGUCAGUCAAGCUGUUGGUCAGACUGCAGGAACAAGAGAGAGUACACACAGAGAGAGGGCAAGAACUCAACCUGGUUCAGAAGAGGAUGCUGCUGGUGGAGCGAGCAUAUGAAAGUCUUCUCUGUGAAAUGGAGCAGCUGGUACACCACCACCAGGGGGCGCCACCCAUCACAGCCGGAGAUAAACAGAAGCCUUCCGCUCUGAUGGAUAUCUUGAGAAGAGUGUUACAGCGCUAUCACACUGAGCUGAAGGACUUGGUGAAGGUGGUUGAUGCACUAAACAAAGAGAAUAAAGACAAAGACGAGAUCAUCACUGACCAGAGGACACGCAUACAGGAGUGUGAGGCUCGGUGUGUGUGUGUAACUGAGGAGGCGGAGCGUCUGCGUGUGUGUGUUGCAGACGCCGCAGAUGCAGCAGAGCGAGCGCAGACGGAGCUGCAGGGCAUCACACACCGCUGGGAGGAGGAGAGAGAGCAACACACACGCGCCAAAACACACAUACACACACUCACACUGGAGCACGAGAGGGAGCAGCGGGAGAAGCUGUCCCUCCUGCACUCUCUGUAUCAGCGUCUCCUCACUGGCUGUGUUUUAGCCCCGCCUCAGAGCAUGAUGGGAAGUUUUUCAUGGGCGGAGCUGAGUGUCAUGCUACAGGAGCAAGCAGACAUGUUGACCUCUGACCUCAGCUCGGCCAAUCAGAGGAUUGCAUGUUUGGAGAGUGUGUGUGAGGGGAAGGAGGCGGCACUAACAAGUGUGUGUGAGCAGCUGAAGCAGAGAGAGCAGAGCUGGAUCAAUCAGAGACAGGAGCUGGACACACACCACACACACCUGAUCACCGAACUACACACUAGAGCUCAGGAUCUGAGGACUCGUCUGGAUCACACCGAGGAGCGUCUCCGUGCGUCCGAGCGCUCUAACUCCUCCCUCCAACAGGAAGUGACACGUCUUCAGGAGCUGGUGCGUGUGUGUCGCCGUGACGACGUGUCCCUCCUGGCGGCGUGUGCCAUGCUGGCCGGGUGUGUGUGCGCAUUACACGACCGUGCGUGCGCGCUGGUGCGGCAGAAAACCAUACUGCAGCACCGGGUGUGUGACGCUGAAUCUCUCCACCAGGAAGUGAGCGCUCUACUGCACGCGCUCGGUGACCCCGGGGUCAAAGGUCAGGGCAGGGUCAGAGGGGGAGUGUGGAAGUUCAGAGUGUGUGUGAUUGCCGCGUUGGCCGCCGUGCGUCUCCGGACUCUGUGCAGGAACACACACACGCUGUUUAGAGCAGGCGCAGGUGUGUGUGUGAGAGAGCUGGAGCUGAGCGACACACACACCGAGGAAGAGGAGAACGAGAGAGUGAUGAAGACGCUCACGUCCUCACAGCUGUGUGUCAUCUUACACACCUGCAUGCAGGAGGUGCAGACAGAGCUGCAGAGACCCGAGCGCAGUGUGUGUGUGUUAGCGGCGGCUCGCUCCGGCUUCACUAAGCUGAUGAAGAAGCUGCUGCCUGAGUCAGAGUCGGGUUGCUAUGGUGACGUGGGGUCGUUGGCACGGCAACUGGGUCAGGGACUAAAUAACCUCCGCAAGACACACAACCUCCCACUGACACACGACAGCAACAAGGUCAUGCUUUCUGCCCUGCAGCAGCACUUCCUGGUGUUUACUCAGCGCUUACACUCCGCCGAGGUGGAGAGGAGAGACCUGCGGAUCGAACUGUCGCGCAUCAAACGCAGACACACACACACUCGCAACGAGACCAGGGACAGCACACACACGCGCUGUGUGCCGGUGCAGCAGUUCCACAGUGUGUGUGAGGAGUUGAGCGCGGCUCUGCACAGGGAGCAGCAGGUACAGACUCUCCUGCGCCAGCAGGCCACACAGCUACAGGAGCUUGGUGUUACCAUGGAGACACACACCACACAACAGCGGGAGAAAGACCACACACUCGCUCAGGCUGUACAGAGUCUGUCUGAUGCGAAGGCGGAGCUAAAGAGGAAAGAUCAGUCGCUGCGGUUGCUAGGGAAACGGCUAAGCCAAUCACAGCAAGAGACACAGGAGCUACAGCAGAGCAUCAGCAGAGCAGAGAACACACUGCACAUGGCAGCUAGGAGUAAAGAGAGUUUAUCAAGCUACAUCUUGUCGGUGGAGUGCAGACUGAGAGAGCUAAAGGAUCGACUUGUCCUCUCUCACUCCAUGAUCUCACCAGACGACUUCACCCUGCACUUACCCACAAUGCACCAGGACUCGCAUGGCAUGGAGCUGUGGGGGGGAGGGGCGGAGCUAAAGGCGUGUCAGGCUCUGGUACACAGUUUCACAGACGUGUACGCGUUAGCGUGCCGCAGGAUGGCGUGUCUAGAGAGAGAGAUCUCUGGAGAGGGAGCCGAGUUACACGACGCCGGCGUACGACAGAACCAGGACCGCGUGAUUGGAUGCACUGACUCACUGGCCCCUCCUCCUGAAGCAGAGGGGGAUUGUGGGACGGCAGCUCUCUCACACACCGGUGUCACAGUGAAAGACGUCCCCAGGGACACACACACACUCACACACUCCUCACCUGGUCCACUGAAGAAAAGCAAAAGUCUGAAAAAAUCCUCAAAAAUCUGCACACGUGUCAGAAAUGCCUCGAAGCCAACAACACAGAAGCUCUGAGCACCAAUCAUCCGUGUGUGUGUGUGUGUGUGUGUAAAGUCACAGGGUGCUGAUUAUUACUGCUGCAAAUAAACCAGAUUAAAUUAAA